GCAGUAGCAGGAGCUCAUCUUUUUUCCUCUUUAGUGUUUUUAAUUUUAUGGUUUUUAAAGCUAAAUUAUCUACAUUUUAUCCAUCGUAAAUGAGUUGCCAAGGAGACAGUGACGAUGACAGCUGCAGUAAAAGGAGAGUCGCCUAUGUUUAUAGUCGGGAAUACAUCGACACUUGCGACUCUUUAUCCAAAGUACCAAAUCGGGCGAGUAUGGUCCACUCACUGAUAGAGGCGUACGGACUGCUUAAACAUAUGAGCCUGGUGAAACCUCGUGCAGCUACUAUAGAGGAUAUGGCCAAGUUCCACACAGACUCGUACCUGGAGCAUCUUCAGAAGAUCAGCGAGGACGGAGACAACGACGACCCUCAGUCAGUCGACUACGGCCUGGGUUACGACUGUCCGGUGGUGGAGGGGAUAUAUGACUACGCAGCAGCAGUAGGAGGCGCCACGCUGACGGGAGCCCAGUGCCUGCUGGACAAGAAGUGUGAAGUGGCCAUUAACUGGGCGGGAGGAUGGCACCACGCCAAGAAGGACGAGGCGUCGGGUUUCUGCUACGUGAACGACGCUGUGUUGGGAAUCCUCAAACUGAGGGAGAAAUACGAGCGAGUCCUGUAUGUGGACGUCGAUUUGCAUCACGGAGACGGUGUGGAGGACGCCUUCAGCUUCACAUCCAAAGUCAUGACAGUCUCUCUCCACAAGUUUUCUCCUGGAUUCUUCCCAGGUACGGGGGACCUGGCAGACACUGGGCUGGGUAAAGGCCGCUGGUACGCCAUCAACGUACCGCUGGAGGACGGCAUCAAGGAUGACAGAUACUACCAGGUUUUUACCAGUGUGAUGCAGGAAGUGCGGGCGCAGUUCAACCCGGAGGCGGUGGUGAUGCAGCUGGGUGCCGACACCAUGGCGGGCGACCCCAUGUGCUCCUUCAACAUGACCCCUGUGGGGGUGGGCAAGUGUCUGCAGUACGUCCUGCAGUGGCAGCUACCUACACUGCUGCUGGGAGGAGGAGGUUAUAACCUGGCCAACACGGCUCGCUGCUGGACCUACCUGACGGCCGCGGUGCUGGGAAAGACUCUUUCCUCUGAGAUACCAGACCACGAGUUUUUCACAGAGUACGGACCCGACUACUCGCUGGAGAUCAGUCCGAGCUGUCGACCCGACCGCAACGACACCAAACACCUGGACCAGGUCAUCAGCACCAUCAAAGGGAAUUUAAAGAAUGUGGUUUAGGAGCCGGCAGCCUCAGCCUCCUCCACACACACUCACACAUAGCCACACAUACACCAUGUUUCCAAACCUGGUCGACGCUCGGCGGCUUUAAUGAAGACAAUAUGGAGCGGACCCCUUCGGCCCCGAGGCACGGAGCGAACGAGUGUGGGAUGAAGGGAGGAAAAAAAAAAAAGAAAACGAGAGAGAAAGAGAGAGAGAGGGUUUUGGAAAAC